AAACUGAAACAGGGCAAGACUCGUAAAAGGAGUGCUGUCUCUUGUUCUCCUUCUUUCUCACAGUUUCCUGUUUAAGGAGGCCAUUUUGUAACUUAGCUGGGGUAAGAGCACAACAAAGUUUGGCAUUGUUUUUGUUUUUUCUCUCCCAUGGCCGGGAGUUUCACAAUCAACUUUGGACUUUCUCCUCUGCAGAGCAACUUCUUUUGGACAAGGGAGGUGAAGGAGUUGAGAAGGUGGAGGAGGAAAGGCAGCAGGGGGGCGGUUUUCUCCCUCAGAGUAUCUUUCUUUCAUGAGUCUCGUACACAUAUUGCUCAUGCUUGUCAUGCCUGGACAAUAAAAGAAGUCUGACGACGAGAGAGCGUGACAGAAGAGGCAGAAAGGAGGAAAAAGCGCCGCUUCCUGGAUAAGGAUUUCUUCCUUGAUCCACUGGGAGGGGGUGGACACAGGACACAGAGGAACUGGGACUCUUGUGUGUGUCCCUCUCUCCUCCGCUGAGACAGUUUGAAUGAGAGUGGGUUUUUAGAGAACUCUAGACCUCACCUGGGCGUGUGUUUGUGAGUGUGUAUGUUGAGAGCUUCUGGCAGCCAGCAGACAGGACUCUGUAUGGCUAACGCUAGCCCUUGUAUGUCCUCAGGGGCCAUGGCCCAGGUCUUCUUUCCUCCCGUGGGCUCCUCACCACCGGGCUCAGCUGUGAUACAGCAGACCCCCAUAUCCAUGCCCUCUAUGCCCGCUCAGGGUGGAUUUCCUGUGAUGGACCUGAUACCGGUGCAGGGUCCUGGCGGGGCUGUGAUGCCCUCAGUGCCUCCCACUCCAGCAGGGGUGUCCUUCAUCAUCCAGAUUGGCCUGACCAGAGAAUCUGUCCUGAUGCCCCAAACUGCUGACCUGGCCUAUGUGAAACAAAUCGCCUGCUCCAUUGUUGACACCAAGUUCCCAGAAUGUGGCUUCUAUGGCAUUUAUGACAAGAUCUUGCUGUUCAAGCAUGACACAUCCACCAACAACAUCCUGCAACUGGUUAAAGCUGCCAGCGACAUUCAGGAAGGAGAUCUGGUGGAGGUGGUGCUCUCUGCGGCAGCCACAUUUGAAGAUUUCCAGAUUCGGCCCCAUGCCCUCAAUGUGCACUCAUACCGGGCCCCAGCCUUCUGUGACCACUGCGGAGAGAUGCUGUUUGGACUGGUCAGACAAGGGCUCAAGUGUGACGGAUGUGGACUAAACUACCACAAGCGCUGCGCUUUCAGCAUCCCAAACAACUGCAGUGGAGCUCGUAAACGGCGUCUGUCCACCACCUCCCUGAGCAGCAGCCAGUCCCUGCGUCUCUCCACCACUGAGUCAGUGUACAGUGUUGGGACGGCCUCCACCUGCACAGAAGAUGCUACCCUAAUCCGCUCACACACACAAAUGCCACGGACCCCCAGUGAGGCCCGGCGCUUCUACACGGGCCGACCAGUUCAUCUGGACAAGAUCCUGAUGAGCAAGGUGAAGGUGCCCCACACGUUCGCUGUCCAUUCGUACACGCGACCGACGGUGUGCCAGUACUGCAAGAGGCUUCUUCGAGGACUGUUCAGGCAGGGCUUACAGUGCAAAGACUGCAAGUUCAACUGCCACAAGCGCUGUGCGUACAAGGUUCCAAAUGACUGCCUCGGGGAGACUAUUGGAGACAACAGAAGUAACUGUGACAUGUUGAGUCCCAGUGCGGACCCUGAAGUGCCCAUGGACUACACCAGUGACUAUGACAACUCGGACAAGUCUUCAAUGGAUGACUCGGACGAGGCCUGCAGCAUCCCCGGGUCCUUUUCUCCUGACAACAACCAGGACGGAACCAGCGGAGAUCAGAGUGUUUACAUCCCGCUUAUGAGGGUGGUACAGUCGGUGAGACAGACAACCCGUCGAUCCAGUACAGCCAUCAAAGAAGGAUGGAUGGUUCACUACAGCAAUAAGGACACACUGAGAAAGAGGCACUACUGGCGUCUGGACUGUAAGUGCAUCAUCCUUUUCCAGAACAACACCUCCAACAAAUACUACAAGGAGAUCCCUCUUUCUGAGAUUCUGGAGUUGCGUCCUGCUGGCAACUUCAAUCUUGUCCCCCCCGGCACAAAUCCCCACUGCUUCGAGCUCAUCACAGGCACUAUGUGCUACUUUGUAGGGGAGGACCCCAACACCCUCCCCCCUCUGAAACCCAGCAACCCGCCGACUGUCCCCCAGACACCUCCCUCACCUAGCCAAGUGGCGCCCAAUAGCGGCAUUGGGCGUGAAGUAGCCAAGGCGUGGGAGAGCGCCAUUCGCCAGGCCCUCAUGCCUGUCAUCUUUCAGGAUGCCCCACCAGCCGAGGGGAACACAACUCAUAGACAAGCCUCUAUCAGCAUAUCAGUGUCCAACAGUCAAAUCCAAGAGAACGUGGACAUUGGUACAGUGUACCAGAUUUUUGCUGAUGAAGUGCUGGGAUCUGGGCAAUUUGGAGUCGUGUAUGGAGGAAAGCACAGGAAGACAGGGAGGGACGUAGCGGUCAAAGUCAUUGACAAGCUCCGCUUUCCCACCAAGCAGGAGAGCCAGCUGAGGAAUGAGGUGGCCAUACUGCAGAGUUUACGUCAUCUGGGCAUUGUGAACCUGGAGUGUAUGUUUGAGACCCCAGAGAAAGUGUUUGUGGUGAUGGAGAAGCUACAUGGUGACAUGCUGGAGAUGAUCCUCUCCAGUGAGAAAGGCAGAUUGCCUGAGAGGCUCACUAAGUUCCUCAUCACACAGAUUCUUGCAGCUCUCAGACACCUGCAUUUUAAAAACAUUGUUCACUGUGAUCUGAAACCAGAAAACGUGCUCCUCGCCUCUGCUGAUCCUUUUCCUCAGGUGAAGUUGUGUGACUUUGGCUUUGCUCGUAUCAUUGGUGAGAAGUCUUUUCGUCGCUCAGUGGUUGGUACACCUGCCUACCUGGCCCCCGAGGUUCUGCUGAACCAGGGCUAUAACCGCUCCUUGGAUAUGUGGUCGGUCGGCGUCAUUAUGUAUGUCAGCCUGAGUGGAACGUUCCCAUUUAAUGAGGAUGAAGACAUCAACGACCAGAUCCACAAUGCGGCCUUCAUGUACCCUCCCAACCCCUGGAAACAGAUCUCCAGUGAUGCAAUCGACUUGAUCAACAACCUGCUUCAAGUCAAGAUGAGGAAACGCUAUAGCGUGGACAAGAGUCUCAGCCAUUCAUACUUACAGGACUAUCAGACAUGGCUGGACCUGCGGGAACUGGAGACGAAACUUGGCGGGCGUUACAUCACCCAUGAGAGUGAUGACAGCCGCUGGCAAAUGUUUGCCCGUGAACAUACUCUGCCUUACCCUGCUCACCUUGUGCCUCCUCCUCCUGCGCCGGGCUCUGACGAUGAGGAGGGCGGGGAGGAUGCAGAUGUGCAAGGCCUCACUGAGAGGGUCAGCAUCCUCUGACCAGGGAGAGAUAGACAACUCAAGAUCAUUUAGGACCGAGAAAAGAAGAAGGGAGAGGGAGAAUGAGAUGGUAGACCUAGAGUCUGCCAGAGACAUUAAGUUGCAAAGAAUCACAUGGUUCUAAUGAGAAUAGUGUCCAGCUGUUCAGACUUUCACAGCAAAACAUCUGCUGUGUGCCAGUGCUCACUUUUACAGACUGAGUUCAUCAAAACUUCCUUCUAAUCAUUUACCUCUGUGGUGAUUGGUCCGUUUUCAUCUUUUGAAAUAUUGAACUCUUUCAUAAUGAGUCUUUGCCAUCAAAAUUGGAGUCAAACUUUAAAUCAAAAUUUGGAACGCACACAAAAAAAACAGCAUCUUAUUUUCCUUCUCAGCGUGAAGCACUUCAAAUUGAAGCAGGAAAUACCAUUUUGCCACAAUUGAUCAAAAAUAAGAAUUUGCUACAGGUAUUUUUGUAAACAAAUAGGAGUUUAAAUUUAAAAUCGAACUGCCUUCAAUUAAAACUAACAUUUGUUUUUAGUGUCAUUGAGUUGGACUGACUGGAAUUACAGUCUCUCUUAGGUCCUCAGUAAAAACGGGUUCAAUCUCUUUGCAGUGACAAAAGACUUCCUCUGUGUUGGUAAUUACUAAUGUGCAGAUAAUGGCAUCAAACCCAUCUGUGUUCCCAUAAACUCAUGUCCUGUAGUGAAAACUGGAAUUAUUGAUCUGGCGACAGCAAAGCCUCCAGUAAUUACCACUGGAGUUUUGAACCACAAGAGGCUUUUAGAAGAUAUAUGUCAUUAAACAUGGCAUUGUGGGUUUAAAUGAACUCUAGCAUUGAGGCUAUUUAUUAUCUGCCAUGACCCGACAGUUUUUAACAGUAAGUCGUCUCUACCUGCAGUGGACAUAUUAGACAACAAUGGCCUCAACAGCUAUUCCUGUCAAGCAGUUUGUGGUGAGUAGCAUGUCCCCACAGAUGCCGUAUAUGAGAUUCACAUACUGUCGCUGAUGAGAAGAUGGAUGGACAUCUCGUUUAGCAAGAGCAGACCUCUCCCUAUGAUGUAAGCGCUUGGGUUACUAAACUAGACUUUUUUUGGAGUGUAUGUAGUUCAAUUAUUGACAAGCUGUCAUGUCAAUAUGUUGCAUGUUUCUGUGAAGUAGAAUUAUUUAGACACAAUAUAAAACAUACUGUAGUUAUGAUGGUCUAUUAUACACAUGUGUAACCUGAACUUUAGGUAGUUGUCAAAUAUGUGUAGACUGUGUAUAACAUGUUUGAAGGAUGAUCCUAGCCUUUGUAACAGAUAAUACAAAACCUUGAACAAUA